AUGACAUCACAAUUAGCAGCAUCCAAACGGCUUUGGAAAGAAUAUAGGGACCUUGUAAGCCCAAAAACGGGACUGAGACAGGUUAAAGUGGAAGUUGAUGACGAUAAUGUCUUCCUAUGGAAUGUGGUACUUCUAGUAAUAGAUCCGGAAUCGGCAUACUACGGGGGAUAUCUCAAGGGAGAGCUCAGAUUUCCGAAGAACUACCCAUUUUCGCCACCAAACUUUAGAUUCACACCUGCAAUAUAUCAUCCAAACGUGUACAAUGAUGGACGUUUGUGUAUAUCAAUUCUCCAUGAGGCAGGCAACGAACAAUCCGAUGAACCGGAUAACGAGACUUGGUCACCCGCACAGUCUGUGGAGUCGGUGCUACUUUCCAUACUGUCGCUAUUGGAAGAUCCAAACAUCUCCAGUCCAGCAAAUGUGGAUGCAGCCAUUGCAUUCAAAAAAGAUAAAGCAGAGUACGCAAGGAGAAUACACAACGAGGUAAACCGUUCCAGAAUGAACAUGCCAAAGGAGUUCACCUUUCCAAAAAUGGACGAUGCAGAGGAGAAGGAGGAAGAAGCCGCAGUUGACGAUGUUGAAGAGUGGUGGGAGGAUGAGGAUGAUGACGAUUAUUACGACGAUGAGGAGGAAGAAGGAGAAGGAGAGGAAGAGGAGAUGGAAGAGGCAUAA